AUGGGGUGGGACAGGAAAGGUCUGUCCCGCAGCGCCAGCCUCUCCGAGAAGGAGCUGAAGGAGGCGAAGGCGCGGAGCCGGAGGAUCGCGGCGCAGCUCACCACGGCACCCAGCCCCAGCUCCAAGGGUGUUCUGCUCUUCAACCGCCGCAAGCAGCGCGUCGAUGGGCUCGCCGAGGCCGGGCAUGGUGGGGGGCUGCCGCUGAGCCCUGUGCCGCAGCCUCGGCAAGCAGUCAUGGAGGAAGGCAAGGGACAGGGGACAAAGCUGGCUCCUGACCAGCCCAGCAUCCUGGGAGAGGGGCUGCGGGCGAACGCCUCCCUGUGCCGGGAGGUGCCAGCUGAAGCCCAGCAGGUCCCACUUAGUGUCUACCUGAAGGAGAACAUGCCAUCGGCCACCACCAAUGGUGUGCAGGAGCGGGCGGCCAGCGGGUUGGAGAGUGGGGUCGGGGGGCUCAGGGAAGCAGGAGCCCCAGUGGAGACGAGCACAGUGGCUCUUGUCCUGCCACAGAACCCCGGGGAGAGGAAGAACAGCGAGGUGCCCAGCGAGGUGCCCAGCGCGCCAGCAGGGACAGCCACGGGGACAGCAGCCCCAGCCCGCCAGCAGCAGAACGGGGCGCAGGGCCGGCAGUACUAUGAGGUCCAUCUCACCCUGGCCAAGCCCAAGCCUGUGAAGAACCGGACAGCCAGACCCUUCGGCACCCAGGCGUCCCCCACCAGCAGCCAGCCCACGGAGGGACCCCCUGCCACCGAGCUGCCCCCACCACCCACCUAUGCGGAGACCCUGAGCAGCCCACCGCCACUUACCCGCGUCCGCUCGCCCCCCGCCUACUCAGCCCUGUACCCUCCCCGGGAGCAGAAGAUGCUGCCAGGUCCCCCCCUGAGCUGUGGUGUGAGCGGACCAAACCCCUUGCCCAAAACAGGGAUCCUGGAGGAGUCGGCUGCCCGGAGAGCCGGCAAAAAGUCCAUGUUCACCUUUGUUGAGAAGCCAAAGCUGGGCCCCAACCCUGAUCUGCUGGACCUGGUCCAGAGCGUGGACAGCAGGAAGAAGCAGAAGGAGCAGGGGGAGCCCAGUGCUGAGGACGAGCCCUUCGCCCUCGGGGCUGAAGCCGCCAACUUUGUCCCCAACAGUGCACCCAGGGGUGGGCAGCACCUCCCACCAGCCGAUGAUGCACCGGCGUGGUCCUCCUGCCUCAAGUCUCCCACUAUCCAGCCCAAGCCGAAGCCGCAGCCCAGCCACAACCUCAGUGAAGCAAGAGGAAAGGGGGCUGAGCUCUUUGCCCGCCGGCAAUCCAGGAUGGAGAAGUUCAUCAUUGAGGCUCCCUCACAGCCUGACAUACUGCGGUCCCCGUCACCCACCAUGUCCCUGCCUCCCUCCUGGAAGUAUGAUGCCAACAUUUGCCUGUCACCCAUGAUCUCCAGACACCCCUCCAAGAGUCCCUCCAGGCCUUCCAAAACCCCCCCAGCAUCUCUGUAUGGCAGCAACCUGAUGGAGAACGAGGUGUCUCAGAAGGAGCUGGAGAUCUCCAAGCAGCAGCCCUACCAGCUCCAGUCUUCACUCUUCAUCCUCUCCCCAUCCAAGGGGCCUGCGAGGUCCAUGCCCCAGGAGGUGCCUCCACCCAGACCCUCUCUCCCCGACGCCUACCCCUACUCCCAGCAAACCUCCUGCCCGACCUCUCUGUUGCCUCCUUCCCCCAUUUGGCAUCCCCCCACUGUGCCCAGCACCGGCCAGACCACCUCCAGCCCCUUCCACAGCACCACUGAGGAUCUGACCCUGACUCAGGGCAGCCAUGCUGGUCCCGGAGCCCCGACUGAAGUGCUGCUGGCCUCCCCGUGCCGCCUGCUGCCAUCCCGAGCAAAGGGAGGCUUCCAGGCACCCCGGCCCUCCUACUCCACCAGGAACGCCGGCAUAGAGCCGCAGGAAAGGCGGCCGUCCCUCCCCGCCUCGCCCACCUGGACACCCCGGUUGGCGCGGCGCCCUGGCAGCCUGGACGGCUGGGCCAGCCCGGCCUCGGUGCCUGAGCUGGAUGAGGGACCCCCCAUGUCCCCGCCAUGGAGCGAGAGGUCCCUGUCCCCGCUGCGGCAGGACGCCGACCCUCGGGCCAGCCGGCAGAUGCAAGCGCGGCUCGCCAGGAACAUCAUCAACGCUGCCCGGAGGAAGAGCUCUUCUCCCAAAGCCGUGGGGCCGGAGGGCUCCCGGCCCUUCACCCCCAUCCCUGCCGGGUUCUUCGGGAAAGGUGCACAGCCUCAGCCUGAGCAGAGGGACGUGAGAUGCAUCAAACAGGGCUGA